GGCUAAUAACAAUUACCAACAAUGGCGGGGCCGGCUCGUAACAGCGUUGGUGGUGGUGGGUCUAAGCCAGAAGUGAAAUUUCUUUGGUUUAUAGGGUUUUCUAUUUUCUCUCGACGCUGGAGAUAAAGAAAUUAGGGAAUUCUCCCGCCUUCCCGCUUCUGCUUGAAUCUACCCUUUUUCUCUUUCUCUUUCGGCCUUCCAAUUCCUUCCCUCUUCCACCCAUUUCCUUAAAAAACUCAUCCAUCCAUCCCCCAUCUAGCCGACAAAAAAGGAUAACCCACAUAAAACCCAUCUUCGAUUCAUGGAUUGAGGAAGUCGGAUGUAGUCGUCGCUCGCUGCCGAAGAAGAAGAAGAAGAAGAAGAAUAAGCAGCAGAGACUGAGUGAGUGAGCGAGUGAGUGGACUCACUCUGCGUAUGUGGGUAAGGGGUUAGCCUGCCUCUCCAUUCCAACUCUGUCUCUCGCCAUGGAUACGCCGCAGAAGACCCAGAUCGCUGCUUCUCCGCUCUCGAAGUUCGAGGAAUCCCCAGUGUUUAACUACAUCAACAGCCUCUCUCCAAUCAAGCCAGUCAAGUCACUCAACAUAACUCAAACAUUCCAUUCACUUAGUUUCUCAUCCUUACCCUCCAUUUUCACUUCACCUCAUGUCACCUCCCACAAGGAAUCCAGGUUUCUUAAAAGGCAGUUUCCCGGAUCCGUCAAGGCUGGAACUUUCUUCUGGCGCGGUGAAGAAAGUAGAUGAUGGCAAUGAAGGAAUUGCUGUGGAUGUGGUUCAUUUGUACGAUGACAGGUCUUCCCAGCCACAGGAGAAUUAUGAUUCAGUGGUAUUUAUUUCUGAUGCCUCAGUCGACCUACCUAAGUCAUUAGAGUAUGACUGUGGUAGCCCUGGUGUCCAGCAGAAACCUCAACAAGUUGGAGUAUUCGAAUCAGGUGGUCAGUUUACAAGUGAAGCUUCACAAAAGAGCGAGCCUCGAGGCUUGGAGGCAUACCCGACUCGGCAGCAAAGUAAUGAUGGUGCUGCUGAAUGCGAUUGGGAUAGUUUGAUAGAUGCUGCUGAUCUCUUGAUCUUCAACUCCCCUGCUGACACCGAGGCUUAUAAAGGGCUAAUGCAGAAACAAUUAGGCCCUAAUGCAGUCUUUUCUGCCUCCUUGACUGAUUUGCACAUUCCUGCUGAUGAUUCAGUUGGCCAGCAGGAGAUGGAAGGGCCUUCUACUCAACCAGGAGAAACUAUUUUGGUGAAGGAAGAUAAUAAAAAUAAUGGCAUGUCUAGCAAUAGUGAGGCUGCUGCUGCUGCUGCUGCUUCGAAUCUUUAUCGUGGCAUGAGAAGGCGCUGUCUUGAUUUUGAAAUGGUAGGAACUCGUAGGAAGAACCCAAUGGCUACACAGGAGCAAAUAGAAGAGAAGAUAGCUUCUGAAGAUAAUAAGCAACUGGUCCCUUUCAACCCUAGCAGUGAUUCCUCAAAAAUCAUUGUACCUGGAAUUGGUUUGCACUUGAAUUCCCUGGCAAUAAGUUCCAAUAACAGAAGAAACAGUGUCAAUGAGGCUUUGUCCUCUGGACCAAGUUUGCCGAGUUCUGAUGACUCCUUCCACUCUCCAACAACUGCUCAAGAGUUUCUUGAAUCAUUGACUUUAGCCUCCAUGGAAAGGGGCUUGGAUCCCACUGAGAAUGAUGUGGCACUUGCUGAGGAUGUCUCUCCUGCAUCUGCUUAUUUGGUUAAUGAACAGUUUGGACCUGGUAGUCCCAAAAAGAAAAGCUACUGUGAAUGUUUUGCUGCUGGGGUCUAUUGCAUUGAACCAUGUUCUUGUCAAGAUUGCUUCAAUAAGCCCAUUCAUGAAGAUACAGUUUUGUCAACUCGUAAGCAGAUUGAGUCUCGCAACCCACUUGCAUUUGCUCCUAAAGUGAUUAGGACCUCUGAACCAGGACAUGAAAUUGGGGACGAGUCCACUAAAACACCUGCCUCAGCUCGACACAAGAGAGGAUGCAACUGCAAGAAAUCAAGUUGUCUGAAAAAAUACUGUGAAUGCUACCAGGGUGGAGUUGGCUGCUCCAUUAACUGCCGGUGUGAAGGCUGCAAGAAUGCAUUUGGCAGAAAAGAUGGUUCUGUUUUACCAGAAACAGAAACCGAGCCAGAAGAUGAUACAGAAGCCAAUGAGAAGAAUGCAUUAGAAAUUUCAGCAAAGCAGAACGAUAACCAGACCAUUGAAGAGCAAAACAUGAACUCAGGUCUCCCUGCAACUCCGUUGCAGUUUUCCAGAACUUUGGUUCAGAUACCAUAUUCUUCAUCAGCUAUCAUCAAACCACCAAGGUCGCUUCUUGGAAUUGGAUCAUCAUCAUCCAAUGGAUUAUACCAGACCCACAACUUCGGGAAACCGAGCAUCUUCAAAACUCAAUCCAAGCUUGAAAACAGACCGUUUCAGGGGAUUUGUGAUGAUGAUAUCCCAGAAAUCCUGAGAGGCAGCAGCUUCUCGCCUGGUAUGGGAAUCAAGGUAUCUUCUUCACCAAACAGCAAGAGGGUAUCUCCACCACACCACAAUAACUUGGGAACUUCAACUUCAGCUUCCUCAACAUCUCCUGGGCGUAGGAGUGGCAGGAAGAAGCUGAUAUUGCAGUCCAUACCUUCUUUUCCUUCUCUUACUCCCCCUCAAAUGAAAUGAUGAUGAUGAUGAUGAUGAAUUGGAGGAAGAAGAAGAAGAAGAAAGGGCAAAUUCUCUAUCAAAAUCUUGUUGAGAGAGAGAAAAGGGAAGACCACACUUGGUAGUCUUAGUAGCCUGUAGUAGAAUGUCCAUUAUUGUUGUUCUUUGGUUCUUUUAGAAAGUUGGUUGUGUAUAAUAAGAUGCAAGCAAUCCUCUGUAGGUUCUCAUAAGUUCGUCAUAAAGUAGUAAAACUAUCUUCUUGUAAUAUAGGUUUCAAAGGUUUUGUUUCUGCCUUCAAUCAAAUAUUUAGAACGUGCUAUGGGUUAGUUUCUCUAUGCCCCAAGUAUAGAUUAUAGAAGCCU